UUUCUUGGUGUCAAAUUCACCAGUACAUACAUAUAUUAGCUCUCUUGCACAGCCAGCCCAAGUAGGCAACGCUGAAAAAUUCCAUCCAAGUGUUCGUUCGCCCCGUGUAUACCAUACAGUUGAAUGUGUCCGUAGAGAACAGUCGUGUGAGAAAAAGAGAUGCCUGACGUCAUGGUAUAGUGUAAAAUAAAAUUCAGCCAUUUUGUUUGAAGUGAGGUUUAGUCUAACAUCGUUCAUGCGGAAUUUUUUUACGUAAAAAGAAAAUUUCCUCAUCAAAUCAAACGAAAUUCAAUCGAACUUUUAACAAAAUCCACGCAACCAACCGUUUGACACAUCAUUGUUCAGUUUUAAAAAGUGUUUAAUUAUGGAGGAUAAAGCAACGCUUAAAGAUUUAGAUCAAUUUAUCGAGCAGCUAAAUGAGUGCAAACAAUUAACAGAGACGCAAGUGAAAACGUUGUGUGAUAAGGCGAAGGAAAUUUUAUCAAAAGAAUCAAAUGUGCAAGAGGUGAAAUGUCCAGUGACAGUUUGUGGCGAUGUUCAUGGUCAAUUCCACGAUCUAAUGGAACUAUUUCGAAUAGGCGGACGAUCACCCGAUACAAAUUACCUAUUCAUGGGCGAUUACGUUGAUCGUGGCUAUUAUUCAGUAGAAACAGUAACACUUCUAGUGGCGCUUAAAGUACGCUAUCGCGAACGAAUCACAAUUCUACGUGGUAACCACGAAUCCCGUCAAAUCACCCAAGUCUAUGGAUUCUAUGAUGAAUGCUUGCGCAAGUAUGGCAACGCCAACGUAUGGAAAUUCUUCACCGAUCUGUUCGAUUAUCUGCCACUCACUGCAUUGGUUGACGGCCAAAUCUUCUGUUUGCACGGCGGUUUGAGCCCAUCGAUUGACACGCUAGACCAUAUAAGAGCAUUGGACCGGAUACAAGAAGUGCCACAUGAAGGCCCGAUGUGCGAUUUACUGUGGUCAGAUCCAGAUGACCGAGGUGGCUGGGGCAUCUCACCACGUGGCGCUGGCUACACAUUUGGACAAGACAUUUCGGAAACCUUCAACCAUACAAAUGGAUUAACGCUUGUAUCUCGUGCACAUCAACUUGUAAUGGAGGGCUAUAAUUGGUGUCAUGAUCGCAACGUCGUUACAAUCUUCUCUGCUCCGAACUAUUGCUAUCGUUGUGGUAACCAAGCAGCUCUAAUGGAAUUAGAUGAUUCACUGAAGUUUUCAUUCCUUCAAUUUGAUCCAGCUCCUCGUCGUGGUGAGCCGCAUGUUACACGAAGAACACCUGAUUACUUCCUUUAAAAACAACAAUAAAAUUUAACGGUAGUAAUAAUGUUAAAAAGUAAUUACAUUUACACCAACACACACACAACACACAGCAGAAAAACACAACAACAACAAACCGAAACAACUGCAUAUGCAUAAACAAUAAUUUUCCUAUCAGAUUAGUGUUUAUAUAAAAAAAACAACUCUCUGAAAAAAAUUGAGAAAAAAAACAACAAUAAAUAUUAAUAAUACUAUCUAAUUGCUACUUUAAUUUUACAAAUUCAAAAAAAAUGCAUUAAACAACAAAAUCAGUGAAUAAAAAAAAUAAAGAAAAAAAAGCGAAUCAUUCAAAAAAAAAAUCAUCUGAAACAAGAGUUAUUCGUAGAUGAAUAGAAAUGCGAAAUUGGAGAAGAAAAACAAAAAUUAGUAGCCAAGCAAAUUACAUUUUUUAAAGGAAAAAAAGAAAAGAGGAUAGAAAAGAGAAACAAAGAAACAAUGUUAAAACUUCUCGUAUUGCAUAAGAAAUGCAGAAUUGAAUGCAUGAUUUCGACUGUGAAUGGUUUUCUGGGUUCGUGUAAGAUAAGCGCUAAAAAAACUCAUUCAAAAUAAAAUUCUCUCAUCGAGCCGUAUUUCGUGUAAUUAUCGUGACAUUUGGAAAAAAAUAAAUGCUCAUCAAUCCGAAAACAAUGAGAAAAGAAAUUUGCGGAAUUGGUUCAGCGACAUUUGUUUUUCUUUUCUCUAUUGUUGUGUUAAAAAUGGGCAUUUUGUGGAAGUAAACAAGUUAAUGACAUUUUUUUGCUUAUCUAACGCACUGUUUUGUUUUCAAAUGCUGCGUGAUGAAUAACCACCACUUUUUAUUUAAAGAAAAAAAACAAAAACGACGCAAUUUCCUAGUGUAAAAAUUGUGGAUUUGUGCGCAAAAACAAAAUAAGUGUAAGUUUAGUGUAUCGUGGCAUUAGAACAAAAAAAAACCAAAACAAGCAACCAAUUGAAUUUGCCAAACUCACUGGCGAAUUUGGAACAAAUAUCAAAUGUAACACAAAAAUCGUCUCGAUCGAAAUCAAGUUGUUUCUUUGAUAAACAGAAAAACACACACACAUGAGAUAGAGAGAAUUAUACAUUUUUAAAGAGAAUUACACACAGAAAAUAAACACAUGUUCACAUUCAUUCAAUGAAUUAUGGAAUUUACAAGAAUCCACAACUCCGACGCCAUCAAUUUUGCAUUUUUACGGAAUUUCUUUUCUUUUUUUAAACAAAAAAUAAAAUCAUAAACAACAAUCAAAUUAUGUAAUAUUUAUUGGAAAAGUUUCACGUGAGGGAAAAAUGCGUUCAAUGCAUUUCCUUCGUUGUGUUUCUGUAUAGUUUUCUUUUUUCUCCUUUUCGAACUUUUUUUUUAUUUCGUUAUCCCUCUUCUUCAACAUAGACAACAAAAACAAAUUUUUAACUCCAAUUAUACAACAUUUUUAUUUUAAAAUCUUACUAAUUAAUUAUUAUUAUACAAAACAAACAAUUUAAAUUUAAAAGAAAAAUAUGAAUAAAGGAACUGCUGAGAAAUUACAAAAAAAAAAA